UCUGACAACGAGAGAUACGAAGUUGAGAAGUGCGCCUGGUUCUUGGCUCUUGCGAUUCGACGUCGUUUCGCAAGUGCACUCGCGCGAGAGACUGUGAGCGUCGGAAACACGGAUCGACGAUAUGUAUUGACGCGUCGCUCGUUCGUCGAAUCGAUACCGAAAAGUGGAUCGAGGGAAGAACCGUAAGAGUCGGUAACGACAAUGUCGUCGGCUGCUUGAGCAGAAAGACCGGGAGAAAUCGAAUCGUCAUGCCGGUCUCGUAAAGAAACUGUUGUGACUUUAAUGGGGGGAUCCGCUCGCGCCGGCUCGGUCGGUCCACGACGAUGCGGCGGGUUCUGAGAAUAACGGGCUUGGGAGUCGUUCGUCGAAUGCCAGCCCGUGAACAUCGCCGAUGAUGCUGCUCGGUAUCGAACUAAUUGCGAGUCGAUAAACUGCUACGAUGACAGUUGUCCCUUGCACGUCGCACUGACGUUCGGCAGUUGGCGUCGAUAAGCGUGCAGAAGCGAGGAAAACGGAGAACGAUGACCGCGACGUCGUAGGUCGGUGGACGAUACUCGUGCCGGUAGAAGACGAACGGUUUCCAAGGAUAAAGCGGUGGCGAGUAGCACGCACGUCCGCUCGUUAGCUGCUAGUGGCGUCGUCCAGAUAGCCGAGUGAAAAUUACGAUGUGCGUUAAGUGAUCGAUGGCGAGGUCUUGCAGAGACAUUUAGGAAGCUCGUACUUCGACCGAGGAUAGGCGCUACGACGAAAUUCAUAGCUUGCUAACUCGUCGAGAAUCGACCAACGACCUGAUCCCACGAUCCUCGUUCUCGAGCGGUACGAAAAGGAAGGAAAAAAGGGUAAUCGGCAUGAGUAACAGCGAGGGCGUGGUGACGGGCCAAGGAACCGGAAACGAUCGCCUCUGCGAGGACGUCGAUAUGGCAACUUCGACGUCCGCGUCGUCCAACUUGAAGCCACGAAGCGGCAAGAUCAGCUUCAGCGUGGACUCCCUGCUGAGCGACAUGAAGAAGACCGGCGUCAGCGGUGGCGCGUUCGCUCGACGAGAGAGCGACGAUCGGAUGGAUACUGAGAAAAACGUGGACGUGGAAGCGAGGUAUCGCGAGUUGCUUCUCGAACAGCAGAGACUUCAGAGCAGAGAGUUACUAGCGAGGUUGAGUCCACACGGGCUGGCGUUCGCCAAUCACCAUCAUCAUCAUCAUCAUCCGUCGAGCAGACUGGAUCAGGAUCAUCCGUCGGCCGGUCGGCAGGAGAUUCUCACCGUGAAGGAUUUCUCGAGAACGGCCAGUCACGACAAGUCUUCGUCGCCGAUUAGAAUAGACCAGGAGGUUCAGAGGGAUCGAGACGAUCGACGAUUGUCCGCCAGUUCGCCGGCCAACAGGAUCGCCGAAUCUAUGAUUCAGAGGGAACGCGGCCAGGAGGAGGACGAGAGGAUGGACAGGAUCGCUGGUCCGCGAUCCGUGUCGCCGGUCAGUAGACGAGAGAUCAUGGACGAUAGAAGCGACUCCGAGGCGAAUCGUUCGCUGGAAGGCGACAGGACCACCGAUCAUUUGGAUCUGGAGGAUCAAGAGAUCAGAAGCGUGGGACAGUCGGAGGAUUUAAACGUGAUGGACUCGGACUGCGAGCUGGACAGAGAGCUGGACAACAAUCAAGAGAAGGAGGAGAAGUCGAGUCCGGUAGUGCCUCAACCGAUUCAUCCGGGAGUUCAGAGGCCGUCUCAAGGACCGCCUUACCUCGCCGGUGCACCCGGUGCACCCGGCUGGAAUCCCGCGGGAUUUCCGCAUUCUCUCGCGGGCUUCGCGUGGCUACCCCCACCUCCGCACCCGCACAAUCCUCACGGACAUCUUUACACGCCUCACGGAGGGCCAACUAGUCCGAACGGCGAUCUGAGGCUGCCAGGACCGGGGCCAGGGCCGGUCAGGUGCACCCUGAGGAAGCACAAGCCAAAUCGCAAGCCGAGGACACCGUUCACCACGCAGCAGCUGCUCUCCCUGGAGAAAAAAUUUCGCGAAAAGCAGUACCUAACCAUCGCCGAACGAGCGGAAUUCUCGUCGUCCCUUCACCUCACGGAAACGCAGGUGAAAAUUUGGUUCCAAAACAGGCGAGCGAAGGCGAAGCGCCUGCAGGAGGCGGAAAUCGAGAAGCUGAGGCUUUCCGCGAGGCCCUUGUUGCACCCGAGUUUUGGCUCUGGCCUGAUGUUCUCCGGAGUGGGGCCUCCUGGAACACCAGGAGUGCCUCCCUUCAUCGCGGCGGCCAUGGAAGAGGAAAACAAACCGAUAACCACCGGUCGGGUGAAAAGCGCGAUCUUCAAACUCAUCACCGUGUUGGAGAACCUCGGAGAAAUCGGAGAUUUCGCUUCCAUCGAAUCUGCGAAACCUAUUCCAGUGACGAUAAGUGAACGAUCUGGUACGGACGUGAAGGAAAUUGUACGCGAGGUCGGCGCGAGUUUAUAA